CUGAAGUGUUAGGUGUGUUGCUUCCGGCGGUUGGUUAGCUUGACGUUAGACUGCAGGCAGGAGGCUGCUGCUGCUGGAUUCAGGGAACAAAAAUGGACAGUCAAGGGAGAAAAGUCGUUGUUUGUGACAAUGGAACCGGGUUUGUCAAGUGUGGCUUUGCGGGCUCCAACUUCCCCGAACACAUUUUCCCAGCGUUGGUUGGCCGGCCAAUCAUCCGCUCCACAGCGAAAGUUGGCAACAUUGAAAUAAAGGACCUGAUGGUGGGGGAUGAAGCCAGCGAGCUGCGCUCCAUGUUGGAGGUGAACUACCCCAUGGAGAAUGGCAUCGUCAGGAGCUGGGAUGACAUGAAGCACCUGUGGGACUACACCUUCGGCCCCGAGAAACUCAACAUCAACUCACGCGACUGCAAGAUCCUUCUGACCGAGCCGCCCAUGAACCCCAUCAAGAACAGAGAGAAGAUUAUAGAGGUGAUGUUUGAAACGUACCAGUUCACAGGAGUUUAUAUCGCCAUCCAGGCCGUCCUCACUCUCUACGCUCAAGGACUGCUGACCGGAGUGGUGGUCGACUCUGGUGACGGCGUCACUCACAUCUGUCCGGUGUACGAGGGCUUCUCGCUGCCCCACCUGACCCGCCGUCUUGACAUCGCAGGGAGGGACAUAACACGCUACCUCAUCAAGCUGCUGCUGCUGCGAGGUUACGCCUUCAACCAUUCGGCGGACUUUGAGACGGUGAGGAUGAUGAAGGAGAAGCUGUGCUACGUCGGUUACAACAUCGAGCAGGAGCAGAAGCUGGCGCUGGAGACCACCGUGCUGGUGGAGUCGUACACGCUCCCGGACGGCAGGUUGAUCAAGGUGGGAGGAGAGAGGUUCGAAGCCCCCGAGGCUCUGUUCCAACCUCACCUCAUCAACGUGGAGGGGGUGGGGGUGGCCGAGCUGCUCUUUAACACCAUCCAGGCCGCAGAUAUCGACACCAGGUCUGAGUUUUACAAGCACAUCGUCCUGUCUGGAGGCUCCACCAUGUACCCCGGCCUGCCUUCCCGCCUGGAGCGCGAACUGAAGCAGUUGUACCUGGAGCGAGUGCUGAAGGGAGACGUGGACAAGCUGUCGAAAUUCAAGAUCAGGAUCGAGGACCCCCCUCGGCGUAAACACAUGGUGUUCCUGGGUGGCGCUGUGCUGGCUGACAUCAUGAAGGACAAGGACAACUUCUGGCUGACGCGGGAGGAGUACCAGGAGAAAGGGACGCGCGUGCUGGAGAAGCUCGGAGUCACCGUCAGAUAAAACACAAACCAAUAAAAACUCUUCCCGCUCCCUCCCACCGUCCCUCCAUCUACCCCCUCAGCUGAUAUCCAAGCAUCGCUUACCUCGAUGUGUCUGGAUGGUCACACUCGUCGAUUCACACUCAUUUUGAAAAGCAAACGGGGGAGGAGGGAGGAAGGGAGAGGCAGGGUGUAAAGAGAGUUCUUGAAUAUUUUCCCACGACAAAGAAAAUAGUGAGAAUUAUGUUUAGAGAUGCACGAGGUCGUGCCGUUAAGUUCUCCAUUUAAAGGACUAGUUUAACAUUUUUAGAUGAUCAGAGCGAUGCCACUCUCGUAUCUGUGCAUUCAACAUGAAGCUGAAGCCACGAGACUGUUAGCUUAGCUUAGCGUAAAGACUGGAAGCAGGGGGAAACAGCUAGCCUGGCCACUUUUACAUUUACAAAGUAACACGAGCUGCAAGUUUCACUUCUCUGCAAGCAAUGACACUUCCAGGAGUCUUGUUGUCGCUGAGAGCCAGGAUGUGAUUUAUAAACACACUUUCAGUCCAGCGACCAGAAAGUAGACGAGAGAAGAUUCUCAUUUGAGUCGCCUCAAAUUAUUUUGUAACAUGAUUGAAGUAGUUGCAUCAACAGUGUGCCGCUGGGUGCCGCUGCCUUCAGGCGGAGCCCUCUGGUUCCGCUCUUUAUGCUAAGCUAACCGGCCGCUGGCUGUAGCUUCGUCUUCGCUGUACAGACAUGAGCGUUCUCAUCUCACUCGUGCCAAGAAAGCAAAUAUGCGUAAUUUCCAAAAUGUCGAACUAUCACUUUAAAGAAAUGAUUCUAAACGGCAUCAACAUGCCGGCUCUUCAAACUUUCCUGUUUACUUUAAUGAAGUGGAGAUAUUCUCAUUUUUCUUUUUGGAGCAGCUCAUGUGUGAGUAUUUUUGGGUCGAGUGCCUUUCACAGGAGGCCAGAAUGAGCUCCUGGCUGUUGAAGACGAUGAUUAUUAUUUUUUAUUAUUAUUAUUAUUAGUGAUGCAUUGGAGUUCCUUUCCAAAACGAGACCCCCCCGCCAUGUUAAAAAUGUGCUACCUAAUCUGUCAAAGCAAACGUCGGCAUUAAACGUAACGCUCACAGCAGUGUGGAGCAUUACAGAGAUCAGAUAUCUGAACACAUGCUGCGUCUUUUUACACACUGAUCAUCAAAUAACAUUCUCCCCUCCCCCCUCACAUUUCCUGUUUAAUGUUUGGGAAUGACUCACUGUGCUGAAGGUGCGGGAGGGCAGGCAGCCAUGUUUAACUCGGCACCUCGUUUGUCUAUCUUUGUGGCUUCUCUUUGUCGGGUAUUCGCUUGCUUCUCGAGCGCAGAAGUUCAAAUGUUCCACGAGAUUUAAGUAUGAAGUUGUGAGAUGAAUACGUGGGAAAGCUCUUCAGGGAACUUGAAGUUCCUCAGUCUUUGAGUUUUGUGGAGCGUCGGAGGGUUUGAUGUGUGGUGGUGAGAAGAGCUGAAGCUUUUUAACGACUUUGAUUUGUCUCUGCAUCCAGUUUACCACCAACAGAAAUCAGCUGUUGCAGAUCAUAGAGGAUUUAUGAGAGCGCGGUUUUCAUUCCUCCACGCUUGCAAAGCCUCAAGUCAUUAGUCAGUCCUGUCUGCUCUGUCGGACUACAUAUCAACGUCUUGCGUCACGACAGUUCAGUCACCGAGCAGCUCUUAAAGUGAGUUACAGGAAGUAAAAGUAUGAACUCAUUGGUCUUUUUCUGCAACCUGUAAAGUGGGAAAGAUGUUUGGAAGGUUGUAAAGCAACAAAGAACACGAGUUACCCUGACAGAAAGACGUCUUCCAUGAGUCUGUGCAGACUGGCUGAGCGUACACUCGACUCUAACGCGCUGCUUUUUGAACAUGAGAUCAUUUCCUCUUGUGUUAUUUUGACACUUUAUCAAAUCAAAGUACUUUUUUUAAACCGUGCACGAGCAUGUGAGAGGCCUGCAGGAGCUGCAGAGAUUAGUGGAUGGAAAUGAAUUAGCAACUAUUUAAAGAUUAAUUCAUACGUUUUGGAAGAGACCUCUGAAACUGUGAUGGACAUUUAUCAGUUUUAUAGACCAAACAUUUAUUUGAUUGAUCGAGAAAAUGAUCAAUAUUAAAAAGUAAUCGGUCCACAGAGUGCUCAAGAAUUCUUGCAGCAUUUUUUAUUUUUUACAUGAUUUCUAUCGACUGUAAUGGAGGGGGUCUUUCUCGCUCAAACAAACUUGCGUGUUUUGUUACUUUACAAACGUUUCACAUGAUUUUCCAAACUUUACAGGUCGUUAACAAGAAGUUUUGACCUUUCAUAACAAGUUUUCUGAUCCGCUCACUGCACCAUGCUAACAGCACCAUGCUAACAGCACCAUGCUAACAGCACCAUGCUAACAACACGGAGGCUCCAUUAGCUCAGCUUUUUGUUUUUUUUAAACGUGUUCUUUUUAUGUUCCUGAUCAUUGAUGUGCUUUUUGUUUCUCUGAUGGACUGUUGAUACGUCUGAUUGUGCAGCUGUUUGUUGACCUGUAUCAUUCCCCAUGUUCACUGUGGUCACAGUGAAGCCUUCUGCCCUCAACAGCUGAUCACGGUUCAGCCAUCGCUAUCCAACCACAACUUUAAAGUGUGGCGAUCAAUUUGAUUGGCUGGUUCUGGAUCAGAUGGGGUGGAAAAAUGAAGCAUAUCUUGUUUUUAAGAAGGAAAUGUCAGGAAAUAAUUCCCUGUUUUGGUUUAGAAGGAAGAAAGGAGGCGUAGAUAGUGAAGUCGGAACAGAGUCAGGUGAUGCAAACAUUUCUGGAACCAUAAACGAUCUCAUUGGUUGAGAAAAGAGUGGGCGGAGCAAAAAAUAAAUAAACUUUUGAUAAAAAGAGGCAAGAAGUCGUAAUGUUGAAACAACUUGGUGUAAUUUGUUGCUCGGAGCGUUUCGACAACACGUUGUUAUUUCCAUUCUCUAAAACCACGAGCAAUAUUUCUUUACUGACUCGUUAUCCAGGUUAAUGCUAAUAAAGCACUUUUCUAAGUAAUCCGGGUCACUGUGGACAUGAACUAACGUUUACAGCCGAAUGCCAUAUUACACAUGACGUGGGCAAAACAUUGGUCUGCAAUACGUGAAUUAAUAAAACGUUGCUUUCCAACAACCCGACAUUUACUUUGGUCCGCCACGUUUCUGCGUAAUGUGUCAACUCGGCAACAUUUUAGCCAACAAUAAUAUCAAAUAUUACAUAAGUAUAUUAUAAGUAUAUAUUUUUACCGACAUGAGAUAAAAAGUAAUAUUUUGGCCUUUAGUUAGAAAAAUAAUCUCGUCCGAACAUUGUACUACAUUACCCAUGAGCCUCAGCUUCAGUUAGCGAUCAGGACCCAUUUGUGUUAAAGUUGAGCUCUGAACACAAACUCUGUUCGACCAAUAAGAUCAUUCUGGGAUGUUUGUGCAUCUAAAACCUUAAACGUGCCGUCUGUCAGGAUAUGGAGAGAACUUAAGAGUGAAGUCAGUGUUUCCCGUUUGCAUUCCUCUAAUCUUGAAUCUUAAAGACCCCCCCCCCCCUCUCCUUCUCGGUCUCGGCUCUACUGAAGGUGAAGUUGUGGCUUUGGGGUUACGGGAGGAGGUGAUUUGUGUGGGUUACUGAAAUAUUAUUUGUAAUAUUAAUAAGAAUCUGGUGUCAGGAAACGGAGACCACGUAAAAGCUGGUAUUUGUGGUUUUCCUUCUCGGUUCUUUUGUGUAUAUUGGAGGAACUUUGCUCACAAAUAUAAAUGUAUAAUUUCCUCUUGACAAACACGGUCAUCAAGUGCCAAGUACAGUUAUUCUUGACGGAUAUUAUUUUUGGUCGUCCUUUUUAUGUUUUGUUUAUAGCAUAACUGCCAACCGCUGAUUUAAAUAAAGCAAAGUGAUUUAUAGAC